AUGAUCGACUGGCCCAACGUGACGGUGGCGGCCCAGCUGGCCCCGCCCCCCGGGCCGGAGGAGCUGAAGAGGUCCAAGUGCGUCCUGGGCCUCAUCCCCGUGGUGUACUACAGCGCCCUGCUCUGUGUGGGGGUACCAGUGAACGUCCUGACGGCGGUGGUGUUGUCGCGCCUGGCCUGCCGCACCCAGAAGACGCUCUACUACUACCUUCUGGCCGUGACGGGCUCCGACAUCCUCACGCAGCUCUUCAUCAUCUUCGUGGGCUUCCUGCUGGAGACGGCGGUGUUCCACCGCGAGGUCCCGGCACUGCUACUGCAGGCCGUCAGCGCCGCCGAGUUCGCCGCCAACCACGCCUCCAUCUGGUCCACCGUGCCCCUGACGGUGGACCGCUACGUGGCGCUGUGCCACCCGCUGCUCCACCGCCAGAUCAGCUACCCGGAGCGCGCCCGCCGCGUCAUCGCCGCCGUGCUGGCGCUCUCGCUGGCGUCCGGCGUGCCGUUCUUCUGGUGGUCCGACGUGUGGCGCAGCAGCCGGGCGCCCUCGGCGCUGGACGCCGCGCUCAUCUGGACGCACGUGGUGCUCAUCUACUUCCUGCCCUGCAGCAUCUUCCUGGUGCUCAACUCGCUGAUCGUCCGCACGCUGAGGGCCAGCCACCGGCAGCAGCGGGGCCCCCGGGCGGCGGGCGGGGAGCCGGCCGGCGGGGGCUGCCAGGAGGACGCGGGCCCCCAGCGGCGGCGGCGGCAGCGGCGCCUGGGGAAGACCACGGCCAUGCUGCUGGCCAUCACGUCGGCGUUCAGCGUGCUGUGGGCGCCGCGCACCGCCGUGGUCAUCUACCACCUGUACGGCUCCUCCGUGCACCUGGACUGGCGCGUGCACCUGGCCUACGACCUCAGCAACAUGCUGGCAAUGCUGAACACCGCCGUCAACUUCUUCCUGUACUGCUUCGUCUCGCGGCCGUUCCGCAAGACCGUGCGCGCCGUGCUGCUGCUGCCCUGGGCCCCCGGGGCCCGCUGCCAGCGGGGGGCCCUCCGUCGCCAGCCGGCCCCCGCCCACGCCUCCGUCUCCUCGCUCUGCAGCGGGAAGUACAAGCGGUCCCAGCGGGACGGCGCUGGACAGAUGUCCCUCCGAGGGGCCAGCCAUGCCGUGUGA